ACCAGGGCUCAAGGAAUUUUUAAGAGAGAUUUCAGAAUACUAUGAACUUCAUAUAUAUACGAUGGGCACGCGUCACUACGCUGAAGCCGUAGCAAAUAUAAUAGAUCCAAACAAAGAAAUAUUCAGUGAACGUAUUUUGUCUCGUGAUGAAAGUGGAAGCAUGAUACAUAAAAACAUUCGACGAUUAUUUCCAUGCGAUGAUUCUAUGGCAGUAGUGAUUGAUGACCGAGCAGAUGUAUGGCAAUGGGCCCCAAAUGUUAUUAAAGUCAAUCCUUAUGGCUUCUUUGUCGGCAUUGGUGAUAUAAACGCGUCAUUUCUGCCCAAACAGAAUUCAUCGUUAAAUAGUUCUCCUUCGCCGGAAACUAGCAAUAAUAUCGAGAACCCGUCAACACAGGCAGAAAACACAACCAAUAAACACGAAGCUCAUUCCGAGACUUCUAAUUCUUCUGCCGCAGACAAAUCGGAUAACAGCCAAGAUAAAGAAAAUGAAAAUGCGCAGAAAUUAAAACAAGCGCAAUUGGAACAACAAUCAACGCAUAAUCGAGAAGAUCCAGUACUUAUCGACGAUGACGCAGAACUUCCAAAGCUGUUAACUAUACUGAAAGAUAUUCAUAUAAGAUAUUAUGAAGCUUUCGAAAACAAUCAACCUGCUGACGUCACGAAAAUAAUACCAGCAAUGAAAUCAGUUGUAUUACGGGGAAUAAAACUUGUGUUCACACAUGUAAUACCAACUAAACAGCCCAAGGAAAGCUCCGAUAUCUGGAAUUUGGCAUUAAGUUUCGGGGCUCAAUGCUUUGAAACAAUAUCUGAUGAAAUUACCCACCUUGUGGCUGGCGAGAGAGGAACUGAUAAGGUUAAAGAAGCGCGCAGCCGAGGAAACAUUCAAAUCGUCCGCACAGAAUGGCUUCUCGACUCUAUAAAAAAUUGGGCGCGACAACCUGAGGAACCAUAUCUUCUAGAACAAUCGAGUACAAACUCUUCGCCAAAAGAAGACUAUGAGCCCAAAAUUAGUGCUGAAGAAGUGCAACAGCAUUUUUUGGAAAUAGAUUGGGAUAGUUUUGAAAAAGAAGUCGAUGAAGAAAUUCUCGAAUCGGGUGAUACAAGUGCAGAUAGCGAAACUGAAAGCGGUAAUGAAAG